UCCGCUUGUGGUGGAUUAUUGUAAUCCGACAGAGGGUCUGGACGGCACAUCGGAUCACGACAAAAACCAAAGCCCAGCGGCCUGUGACAGAUGCACCUCAUCCAAGAAUAAAGGGAUAAAAUAAAGAUAUGAUCUGACGCACUCUGCGGGACAUCUUGAGGGAGUCAUUGACAGUGCCUGGGGAUCAUUUCCUGGACUAGUCGAUUCAUCAUCUGACAAAUUGACAGCAGCCUGGCAUCACUGCACCGUAGGGCAGAGAAGGCAGGAAAAGCUUCAGUUUGUUGGUUAAAGAGACCCCCCCUUUCCCUUCCCCCGUCAGGUUUAGCUCUAGUCUAGAUCGGCUUCACUGCUCCAGCCUGGUUGCCCUGUCGCAGGAGGGAAGCGCCGCUGCUCCGAGGUGCUAAAACCCAACUAGCUAGCACGGCUAGCUCACUUCAGCUAGCUAGCUAGCUAGUAAGGAAUUCAUCAAGUUAAGUUUAGAAUUUAGCAAAUUUUCCGACGCACAAUACAGAGGGAGGAGGAUGUCGGCAAAAGACCAAAACAAACUCUCUACUGUUGAACGACCCAUCAAAGCGGUGCCAUAUCCUCCCGGUACACGCCUCACAGUGAGAGACCUGUAUGUAGACGGGAGGCCCAGUGUGGAGCUGUUGAAGGCCCAUCUGGUGAAGGAGGGCCGGCUGGAAGAGGAGGCCGCUCUGCAAAUCAUCAAUGAGGGAGCCAGCAUCCUCCGCCAGGAGAAAUGCAUGCUGGAAGUGGAAGCCCCCAUCACGGUGUGUGGAGACGUCCACGGCCAGUUCUUUGACCUGAUGAAGCUCUUCGAAGUGGGCGGAUCCCCCAGCAGUACCCGAUACUUGUUCCUCGGAGACUAUGUAGAUCGAGGAUACUUCAGCAUUGAGUGUGUACUGUACCUGUGGACUCUGAAGAUCAACCACCCCAACACUCUCUUCCUCCUCAGAGGCAACCAUGAGUGCCGGCAUCUCACAGAGUACUUCACCUUCAAACAGGAGUGUAAAAUAAAGUACUCAGAGCGUGUAUAUGAUGCCUGUAUGGAGGCAUUUGACUGCUUGCCCCUGGCUGCGCUCCUCAACCAGCAGUUCCUCUGUGUGCAUGGUGGUCUCAGUCCAGAAAUCACCUGCCUGGAUGACAUACGGAAGCUGGACCGAUUUAAGGAACCGCCGGCUUUUGGGCCCAUGUGUGACCUGCUCUGGUCGGAUCCAGGAGAGGACUACGGCUCGGAAAAGACCCAAGAGCACUUCUGCCACAACAGUGUCCGCGGCUGCUCCUAUUUUUACAGUUACCCAGCAGUAUGUGACUUCCUGAUGAACAAUAAUCUGUUGUCUGUAAUAAGAGCACAUGAAGCCCAAGAUGCAGGGUAUCGAAUGUACAGGAAAAGUCAAACGACAGGCUUCCCGUCUUUAAUUACAAUCUUCUCUGCCCCUAACUACCUGGACGUGUACAAUAACAAAGCGGCGGUGCUGAAGUAUGAGAAUAAUGUGAUGAACAUCCGGCAGUUUAACUGCUCUCCUCACCCCUACUGGCUGCCGAACUUCAUGGAUGUCUUCACCUGGUCUCUGCCCUUCGUUGGAGAAAAAGUGACAGAGAUGCUGGUGAACGUGUUGAACAUCUGCUCUGAUGACGAGCUCAUGUCAGAAGGUGACGACACAUGUGAGGGCGGUGCUCCUGCUGUCAGGAAGGAGGUGAUCAGAAAUAAGAUCCGUGCUAUUGGGAAGAUGGCCCGUGUCUUUUCGGUGCUCAGAGAGGAGAAUGAGAGUGUGUUACAGCUGAAGGGGCUGACACCCACCGGGACGUUGCCUCUGGGAGUUUUGUCCGGAGGCCGACAAACUCUGCAAAGCGCCACCGUAGAGGCAGAAGAGGCACGAGCCAUUCAAGGAUUCAACCCCCAGCACAAGAUCCAGAGUUUUGAGGAGGCCAGGGGUCUGGAUCGUAUCAAUGAGAGGAUGCCGCCCCGCCGGGACAGCAAGCAGCAAGAGGCCAACCCCUCCCUCAACAACCUGCCAGCCAGCACCGGACCUCCAGACAAGAACGGCACCAACGCACAGGCCUAGAUCCGCCCUCUAAGCUCAUCUCCAGCCCUCUUCUUCCCGCUCUCCUCUCUCUAUCCCUCCAUCUCUCCUCCCCGCCCCGCCUCUCCCCCGGCCCCGCUGACGCUCUCUGCCGCCCCCUGUGUGCCACCUUCCUUCAUGCCGUCCUUCCCCCUCGCUUCUUUUCCUUCCCAUCCUCUCCCCCCUCCUCCUUCCUCCCAGCGAGAGCAGGAGGCGGGGCGUUCAGUGUGACUCUCAGUCCAGCCGACUCUCACCAUGCUUAUUUAUUUCAUCAUCUAUAAAGAUCUAAUAUCAUAGUUUAAGACUGAACCUGAACAAAUGAUAACAGGAUAAAAUCUCAAUUGUACAUUCUACAUGGACUUGCUGAAGGCAAUCACUGCCCAGACGAAUCAAGGCAAAUCCAUUUUCUAAUUAUGAGUUGGUAUUUGGGACAACGUUAAGACCCUUUCUAUCAACUCGACCUCUAGUUUUGUGUGCUUGGCAAAGGAAGAACUGAUGCUGUAUACUCAUCCAACGUACCUUCUCUGUGUUUGUGCCCACACAAAAGAACAAGUGACAGCACUUGAAUAGACAGGAGAGAAAUUAAUUUGAACUUCCAUUGCAUAAAAUCCAUCCUUUCUUAUGCCAAUGAUAGUGUAACUGAGCUCUGAAGAGCAAGUAUUGACAUUUAUAUUAUAUAUGUAUAUUUUAAUUGUUCCCUCUUUUCAAUGUGAUGUUGAUUUUUUUUUUUUUUUUUUUUUUUUUUUUUUUUUUUUUUACAGAAAUAGAUUUAGAUAAAAUCCCCUGAGUGGGAAAAGGGGAUGUGGGAGGGAGGGAUGCAGGAGAGGAAGAGAGGUAUAGAGAGAGAGAGAGAGGGAAAGAGAGAAAUUAAGUGAAAUGUGAUGGAAAAGAGUGAUGACAAGCUUUAAGAGGACAGGGUCAACAAGAGGGAGACUUACCUGCAGCUUCACAUGCAUGAGACAUGCUGUGGCUGUCUGUUUCGCAGGUGAGGAGUGUUUCAGGUGUGUGUGUUGAGGAUACCGAUCGUUGGGAACUGGCUGGGUUUGAGGUUUUUGUUUUUUGUUGUUUUUUUUUUGUUGUUGUUUUUUUUUUUUUUUCAUGGGAGUGGGUGGGAAGGGUGGAGAGCGAGGCCUCAUUUCUGACUUCUGUUUCGGUCUCAGAACAUAUCUCACAGAAUGUACAGAAGCGGUUUAACCAAGAUUUUUUCUUUAUAGCUAAAUUUGGAGAAAAAAAGAGAACUUUUUGUCAAGUACUUGUAUUGCGAGGCCUCUCAUUUAUGUAGAUGUUUCACUCCAUUCAAUAAAAAACAGAAAAGUAA